AUGAGAUUUGUGGUUGAUUUGCAAUCAAAACCAAAUGUAACUAGGUCUCUGUUGCAAAAGAUAGUUACUGACACAGAUGAUUUAAUUACUAAUGGAAUAAUAAAUAAACUAAAAAUUAAAUUAGAGCCACUUUUAAAGUCUUGUGAUCCUGUUCAAAAACACGAAAUAGAUAAAUUGUUUGAAGUUUUAGCAAAUCCAUUUUCUAAAUUGAAUACUGACCAUUUAAGAAUGAAAUAUUUAGAGGAUAACAAUUUAUUUUUUAAACCUCAAACAAUAAAUGUAGGUUAUUGCAAAGAAAAAAAAUGUGUAAAUGGAGUUGAAAAAUUGUUAAUGGUUCCAGUAGAAGGUCACUUAUUAUCCUUAAAAAAAAAUUUAAAAUCUUUUUUUGAACUCCCCGGAGUAUUAAAAACUGCUCAACAGUUUUUUAAAUAA